CAGGCCCCGCCCCGGACGGCACGUUACGCAGCGCGGCGGUUGGCGGCGGCGGCCUCUCAGCAGAGCAGCGACGCGCUCGGGGACCGGGAGGCGCCGGGCGAGCCCGGUUGUGAGACCGCAACAUGUCGGAGGGCGAGUCCAAGCAGGUGCCGAGCAGCGGCUCCGACUCGAAGCCGGAGUCGACGUCGUCCGGGCCGGGGAUGACCUCAGUGUCUGCGCCUGUGACUUCCGCGGCGCCCCCAGAGGAGGAGGAGGAGGAGGAGAGCGAGGACGAGUCCGAGAUCCUGGAGGAGUCGCCGUGCGGCCGCUGGCAGAAGCGGCGGGAGGAGGUGAACCAGCGCAAUGUCCCCGGCAUCGAUAGUGCCUACCUGGCCAUGGAUACCGAGGAGGGGGUGGAAGUUGUGUGGAACGAGGUUCAGUUCUCCGAGCGGAAGAACUUCAAGCUUCAAGAAGAAAAAGUUAAAGCGGUGUUUGACAACUUGAUUCAGCUGGAACAUCUGAACAUUGUGAAGUUUCACAAGUACUGGGCUGAUGUGAAGGAGAACAAGGCCAGGGUGAUCUUCAUCACGGAAUAUAUGUCUUCAGGGAGCUUGAAACAGUUCCUGAAGAAGACAAAGAAAAACCACAAAACGAUGAACGAAAAGGCCUGGAAGCGAUGGUGUACCCAGAUCCUCUCUGCUCUCAGCUACCUCCACUCCUGUGAUCCCCCCAUCAUCCAUGGAAACCUGACUUGUGACACCAUCUUCAUUCAGCACAACGGACUGAUCAAAAUCGGGUCAGUCUUUCAUAGGAUUUUUGCUAAUGUGGCACCGGACACAAUUAACAACCACGUGAAGACCUGUCGUGAGGAGCAGAAGAACCUGCACUUCUUUGCCCCAGAAUAUGGAGAAGUUGCCAAUGUCACCACUGCUGUGGACAUCUACUCCUUUGGGAUGUGUGCACUGGAGAUGGCGGUGCUGGAAAUACAGGGUAACGGCGAGUCCUCUUACGUGCCCCAGGAGGCCAUCAACAGUGCCAUCCAGCUGCUGGAGGACCCCCUGCAGAGGGAGUUCAUUCAGAAGUGUCUAGAACAGGACCCUGGCAAGCGUCCUACUGCCCGGGAGCUCCUCUUCCACCAGGCGUUGUUUGAGGUGCCAUCACUCAAGCUGCUCGCUGCACACUGUAUCGUUGGGCACCAGCAUAUGAUUCCUGAAAAUGCUUUAGAAGAGAUGACCAAGAACCUUGACAUGAGUGCAGUGUUGGCAGAGAUUAACCAUGCGGACAGGGAAGGAGUGAAGAUGAUCUUCUCACAAUCUCCAGCGUUGGAGCUGGACAAGUUCCUGGAGGAUGUAUGGAACGGUAUCUACCCACUGACAGCCUUCGGGAUGCCACGGCCCCAGCAGCCCCAGCAGGUGGUGGUGAAAUCCCCCAUUGCUCCUCCGUCAGUGAAGACCCCGACUCCGGAGCCUGCUGAGGUGGAGACCCGCAAGGUGGUGCUGAUGCAGUGCAACAUCGAGUCCGUGGAGGAGGGGGUGAAACACCAUUUAACGCUGCUGCUGAAACUGGAAGACAAGUUGAAUCGACACUUGAGCUGUGACCUGCAGCCCAAUGACAACAUCCAGGAGCUGGCAGCUGAACUGGUCCAGCUUGGCUUCAUCAGCGAGGCUGACCAGAGCAGACUUACCUGUUUACUUGAAGAGGCGUUCAGCAAGUUCUAUUACACCCGGAACGGAGCCCUGACAGCAGUGACUGUGUCAUCUUAGCCCCCCCCGGCUCCCGGGCGGCCAGCGCAGCUUCGUGGCCUGUGACCCCUUGUGUGUCUGUCCAUCGCUGUAGGGCAUCAGCGAGACCCCGGCUGCAGCGCUUGGAAGCUCGUCCCGCAUGUGCCGUGGCUGGGCUGCGACAAUCCUCCCUGCCCGCCUAUUAAAGGGGACUUUGCGCAUCAGUAUUAUUUCCAGCCCUGUUUCUGUUGGGAUUUUGCCAGGCGGUGCCGGGGAGCCGGGUCCUGGCUGGGGGUGUUCUUCAGCCCCGUUCAUGUGCAUGGAGUUUGUUCUGUUUGAAUUGUACAAAGUGUCUUUUGCACAGCA